GUAACUAUGUUGUGAAAUAAAAAUGUCAAAGUGACAACGAAAACGUCACUAUUAUUUGGUUUAUUUGCAUUUUCGUUAGCGGCAGUGUAUUCUGCAGUUAUUACAGAAAUCUAGAAAGACGUGCGAUGUUGUGUAAAAUCUGCAUAGAUAAAUAUUUUAAUAAAUAGUAAAGUGGAAUAUGGAUCGUGGGAAAAUGCCGUCGGCAGGAAGAGGGGCCAAGAGCAAAGCUCCACAGCAUCCUCAGGAUAUCUUCGCUCUGGGCAGCAAGUCCACUGUAGUGGUCUCCAGGGACCCCGAGAAGAGGAACAUACACAAGCCCUCUACAAGUAGUGUGGAGCGGAAAAGAGAGCCCUCAGGAUUUGGCAGUCAGCCACCUAGUAAGAGAGCUAGGAUUGGAUCCCCAGCUGAGGCUGUAGGAGGUACAUCCUUGGAGGUAGACCCUGUGGACCUGGUGCCUAAUGUUCUUCAAGCUUUGGACACACAUAACUCUGAUAAAUUGCUCGGACUUCUAACUGGAUCAAUUCGUCUCCUGAAGUCACAGCGUGCAAAGCCAGACCCGAUACUCUGCAUGGGCUUGCUCUACCUUACAAAGAUACGUCCAAACAUGUUUGCUCAUGAGACAGUGACGCAGAGCUUAUGUACACUAUUGAAGCGGGAACAAGGAGCGGCCUUCAAGAAUAAGGGGAAUCCUCUUGUGUUUGUGCUGGCAUGUAACAUGCUGUACGCUGGACACAGAGAGAGUACCAACUGGCCAGAUAUAUUUAUAAAGGUAUACAUAGAAGAUGCGUUGAAUGAACGCUGCUGGGUGGAAUGCUCCUGGUGUAAAUGUUUUGUAGAGAAUGUAGUGACGGCGUUCAGCACCAAGCAGCCGCCGUCACACCUCAUACCCACUGAUAAUACUCUUGGUACGAUGUCGCCUUCUGGUUCCGGCUCCCCUCUUAUGGGCAGCACGGAAGAAGAUCCGGACAAUACCGAGCUGGAGUACUCCGUCUUUCCAAGGUAUUCUAGUAGCUAUGAGGCAGUGGAGGCUCUGGUGCUGGAAGCCAUCAAGGAACAAAUUACGCGGCGCUCGGCAGCGCCAGACGCUAUCGGGAAGGGCUUCCUCAAGCUACUGUCUGCCACCUGCGGUUUCCCUGAGAUCCGCAUGAUCUCGGCGUCCCGGCUGGAGGCGUGGCUGCACUCGGGCAAGCUGUGGCGCUGCGCGCAGGAGCUGCUGGCCUACGUGUGCUGCAACUGCGACGCGUGCGGGCCCACGGCCGCGCGCGACCACGACGUGCUGGCGCAGCUGGCGCGCAUGCGGCUCAAGACCAAGCCGCUGCAGGCCGCCUACCAGGCCUGUCUCAGGGAGAUGGUAUCAGACAGCCCGCCGCUGCUGCGCAGCGUGGUGACCCACACGAUCUACAACGAGCUGUCCAACGUGCGCUCGCCCAACAACAUGGCGGUGCUGGCCGCGCUCAUCCAGGCGCAGCCGCAGCUCGUGCCCGCCGCCAUGGCCGACACAUACCAGGAGCUGGUCCUGCGGCCGGAGGACUACCUGCGUCCGCUGCGCGCGCUAACGCGGGAGGUGGUCCGCCGCGGGCGCGCACACACAUAUAGGUCCGCGCUGCUGCCGCUGGCGCGCUGGCUGGCGCACCACCCGCCGCACGAGCCCGCGCAGGAGGUCCGCGAGCGCGCGUUCUCAUCCCUGGCCGACCUGUUCUGCUGCUGCUGCCUGGUGACGGCGUCUCACAGCAAGCACCUGCCCGAGUACAAGCAGCAGGUGUGCGACAUCCAGGGAGCCGCGCUCAACUGGCUGCUCGACACCGCCAUGCCCAUCUACAGACCUUCCAGGCAUGACUUCCAGCUGGCACUUAAUAAGAUAAUGUUCGUGGAGCCGGCGGAGUCUUACAGCAAGGUGGACAACUGGCCGCCGGAGUCCGAGCGCGCGCUCACCUACAGGAUCUGCUGCGAGGCGCCGCUGCUCAAGACCACGCUGCUGAAGAUCGUCUACAUCGGACUCUCCAAGGAGAUCCCCAUAUCCCCCGCGGAGGUGUUCGAGCUGGUGGAGCAGCUGGUCCGCCGCGCCUGCGCGCUGCCGGCCGAGGAGAACCCGCUGCAGGUGGACAACCUGGAGGUCGCCAACUUCAUCUUCGAGCUGUGUCAGUUCAACCCCCCCGAUAAUAUCUCUCUGCCGCCAGGCUACACCCCGCCGCCGCUGGCCAUCACGUCGCUGUACUGGCGCGGCUGGCUGCUGCUGGUCAUGCUGGCCGCGCACAACCCGCUGCAGUUCGCCGAGCGGGCCGCCGCCACCUACCCCACGCUCAGGGCGCUCAUCGAGACAUGUAUUACUACCAAGCCGAGUAUCGAGUGGACCACGAGCUCGGCGGCGGAGGCGGAGCGCGCGGAGGCCGAGCGCGCCGCCAUCCUGCAGCUGGAGACACACCUGGCGGCCGCCAGCAACGCCAAGCUGCCCGUCACGGAACACUCCUCCAGGCUGCUCAGCCAGCUGACGACUCUGGAGCCGCUGGGCCCGGCGCGCAAGCCCCCGCAGGCGGUCAUCGACUCGCUGCAGUCGCUGAGCAGCCAGAUGCGGCUGGGCAAGCUGCUGUGCCGCCAGCCCGCGCUGCUGCUGGACCUGGUGGAGAGGCACGGGACCCGCCGCGCCAUGCCCUGGCUGCAUCAGCUGCUCAAGCAGGACCAGCUUGAGCUCAGCGUGUUGCCGGUGCAGUGCCUGUGCGAGUUCCUGUCGGCGGGCGGGGGCGGGGGCGGGGGCGGGGGCGGGGAGAGCGGCAAGGCGGGCGAGCUGUGCGCGCACCUGCGGCGCACGGUGGCGGCGGCGGCGGCGGGCGCGCGCGCCGUGCUGCACUACUACCUGCAGCGCCUCGCGCACGCGCACGCGCCCACGCGCGCCUCCGCCAACAGGGGUCUCAAACUGGUGCUCCAGCCGGUAGACACGGAGACGGUCGAAGCUGAUUUUAGCGCUGAAGUAAGCCCUGAGGAGUGGCUGGAGCUGCUGUGGUCGCUGCCUCACUGGGAGGCGGUCCGCGAGGAGGUGGUAGUGCGAGUGCGGGCGGCCUGCAUCGUGGAGUGCGUGCCUACGCACGUGGCCGCAUACAUCGCCUUCCUCGCCAAGUACGUCGCGCACACGCCCGGGCACGACCAUGCCGACCUCGUGCUGGACCUGUCGCAGGUGAUCAUGGAGCGGUCGACGGUGAUGAACAGCGUGCUGGGCACGGGCGAGCGCGCGGACGAGCUGCACGAGCCGCAGCGCGCGCAGCAUCGCGCACUGCACGCGCUCACGCAGAUCAUGUACGACUACCUGCAGAAGGUCCGCACGAGCGGGCCGCCGCCGGUGGUGGCGGAGGCGGGCGAGGGCGCGGGCGCGGGCGCGUCGGGCGGCUGGGGCUUCGGCGAGCGGGUGCUGCUGCACUGGCCCAGCGGCCGCUACGCGCGCCUGCAUCUGCUGGUCGCGCACGCCUACCUCAAGCUGCUCUGCGCGGGACCCUCCAUAUAUGACACCAACCAAGAGAUGUACUCGUGGCUCCAGUCGGUGUGGGUGGGCAACGACGCCCCGCAGGCCUUCAACGUGGACAGCGACGAGGAGGCGGUGCUGCUGCCGGACUGGCUGCGGCUGCACAUGGUGCGCUCGGCCAGGCCCGCGCUGCUGGAGGCCGGCAUGAGGGCGCUGCCCGCCGCCAAGCUCGCGCUCUUCAUACAGACCUUCGGGAUGCCCGUGGCCUCCAUGAGCGCGCUGCUGAACGCGCUGGACGCGUGCUCGGCGGGCGCGGUGGUCCGCCUGGGCGUGGAGCGGAACUACAUGGCGCAGCUGCUGCUCGUGCAGCGCGCGCGCGGGGCCACCGGCGGACACGCCUUCGCGUCCACGCUGCGCCUGCAGCCGCCCACCUACAUGCCUGAUGACACUUUGUUCGCGGAGAAGGAGCUCCCGAUGGAGGCGGAGGACGACUGGGGCAGUUCCGCGGUGAUGGCGCCGCUGCAGCUGGAGCUGGUGAGCCCGCUGCUGUCAUCCAUCUUCACCGCCGCCAACAGCUUCCACGGAGACCUGGAUACAGCCUUCACUCAGCUUAUAUCUUUGAUAUCGGCGGAGGUGAGUGCGGGCCGCGGCGGCGGCGGCGCGGGCCCGUACGUGGCGGGCUGCGCGGCGUGGCUGCGCGAGCUGGCGGGCAGCGCGGGCGGCGCGGCGGGGCUGGCGCGCCGGCCCGCGCACGCCGCGCCGCUGCUGCGCGCGCUGCUGCCGCUGCCCGACACGAGGCUCAUGCAGAUCGCGGACACGCUCCUGAUGCAGUGCAAGCUGCUGACGGGCCCGGUGGUGGACGUGCUGCGCGCGAUGUCGCAGAACUGCAGCAGCACCCUCAAGCAGGAGCUGGGCGCGCACGUGCCGCCGCACGCCACCAAGCAGCAGCUCAUCGCGCUGUUGGAGUCAGCAUCGCCGAGCACGCUGGAGGCGCUCGGCAACCGCAUCAUCAGCAGCCAGGACACGCGGCUUAUCGUGGACGUCAUCACACACAUCCUGGAGAAGAACCAGGAGGGGCACUACGAGUCUAAUGUAAAGUACGAGGACGGUGUAUCGGGCCCGGUGCACGUGUUCUCCCGCGGCGGGCUCGGCUGCGGCCUGCUGCUGGACUGGAUGUCCGAGCUGCAGCGGGAGGCGCUCGGGCCCAGCGACCAGAGGCAGCGGCAGAUGCAGCUCAUGUUCCGUGCUGGCAACGCCCCCUGGCGGCCGCUGCUGGUGACGCUGCUGGCACACCGCGCGUCCUGGAGGACCCUGCACUACUGCCUCACCACGCUGCUGCAGCCGGAGGGUGGCUGGUCUCCGAGUGCGGUCCUAGACUUCGCGGAGACCCUGACCGAGAGUCCGCGUGUGUGGCAGGGCCGCGACAAGACCACGCCCAAGCAUUACGUGCCCGACGACACGCUGCGGUUGGAUCAUAAGCAGCUGGAGGUGCUGGUCCGCUACGUGUCGGAGGAGGCGCGGCAGACGGAGGCCGCGUCGGGCCCGGAGGCGGCGCGGCGGCGCGCGGACUCCCGCCUGGCGCUGCUGCUGCGCUGCGCGCCCGCCCGCCCCGCGCUGCUGGCCGUGGCCCGGGCGGCGCAGCAGCACGACCCGCUGCUGCUGCUGCUGCUCUACAUGAAGGUGCCGAAGAUCCUCCGGCUGCUGGUGCAGAGCGGCGGGCGCGGGCAGGCGGGCGGGGGCGCGCUGUGCGGGCUGGGGGGCGCGGGGGGCGCGCUGGGGGGCGCGGGGGGCGCGCUGCGGGGCGCGGCGGCGCGCUCCACCAGCGCCACGGACCGCGUGUCGCACGCGCUGCUCACCGCCAUCGCCGCGCCACACCCGCACUCCAAGGACCACGCGCAGAAGUUGUGGCGCAUGGAGGCGGACGUGCGCGGCGUGUGGUCGCGCGUGGGCGGCGCGGGGUCGCGCGCGCUGGGGCUGGCGGCGGCCCUGCUGCGCGGCGCCGGCGCGGCCGCCGCCCGCCAGCACGCGCAUCUGCUGGCCGCGCUAGAGGUGCUGCCCGACGACGAGCUGUUCGGGCCCACUGCUGCCGCGGACGUGCACAGCAUCCUGGAGUGCCUGGUGGUGCUGGCGCGCGCGGCGGGCGGCGGCGGGCAGGCGCUGCUGCCGCGCGUGGCGGCGCUGCUGCGCCGGUACCGCGCCGCGCGCCCCGCGCCCGCCGCGCAGCUGCUGGCCGCGCACAGGGACACCAUCGCUAACAUCCCGGCGCUGAGCUCGCUGCUGGCGUCCGAGGUGUUGCAGCCGGCGUCGGCGGCGCCGCCCCCGCAGGCGCUGCUGGCUCUGCAGCGUCGCUGGGACUCACCAGACAACCUCAACUGGCUGCUGCAGGAGAUCGAGUCGUGGGGCGUCCGUCGCGGGGGCGCGUGGGGCGGCGGCGCGUGGGCGGGCGCGGUGCUGCGCGGCGUGGCCCCGCACGCGGCCGCUGCGCACGCGCCGCUGCGACACUCCGCGCUGGCGCUGCUCGCCAAGCUGCUGCCCGCCGUCGCGGACACCACGCCCGGUCUCCAAGCAGUCCUGGAAUGCCUGGACUCCCACCAGCCAGAGGUGACCCAGUCGCUGCUGGACAAGCUGCCCGAGCUGCUGGUGGGCAUGCAGGAGCACGCGGCCACGGUCCUCAUGCGCGUGUUCGACCUCGGCAUGAAGUCGCGACACCCCGUCGAGCCCUGCAUCGCCAAGUGUGUCACCACCAUCAACUUGCAUAGGGGCUGUUAAUACUUACAACCUGUAUGAUUACACAUAUUCUUUCAUCCUUACGCAAAUAAGUAUUUGAUGAUGAUAAAGUUAAUAUUUACGCGAUCCUGUGUGAUACUUGAAUAGCCUAAGAGCUACAGGUAAAAAACUACUUUACUGAAGUCAGACACUGACUCAUUAACAGUUUUAUUAUUAUUAUAAAUAAAAAUAACAAUUAUAGUUCAUUUUCGGUGAAUUGAACAGUAAAUCCUUUUUACUUAUAUUAGGUUAGGGUGUAAAAGAUUUAUAACAAUAUGCUAUAAUAAACCUACUUACCAAUCUUCUCAAAACACUGAAAAUGUGAAGAUUAAUGUAUUAUCCAUAUAGUUAAGACUUAAGCACCUGAGGGUAAUCUUUUAUGCAAAUAAUAAUAAAAAACCAAUU